AACACCUACGAUUAGCCCAUUAGGCAAUAACGAGUACACUUAGCCUAAUAAUGUAGCCUAAAUCAAGUCCUUUAAUAAGUUAAAUAAAUACAUACACAUUGAUUCUCGGAGAACUACUUAUUAUAAAACUAGAAUAACAUAUCCAGCGGUGUGAAUAUAUGUGCAGCUCUCUUUUCUUAAAAGUCUUUAUGGCAUAUACAACAGGGUCCAAAGUCCAUGAAAGUUUUGCUGAUAAGGGGAGCCAAUAAAAGCAGCAGUGCAGCAGUGUAAACACAUGUCUACCUCGGCCCAGAGCGGGCCGUACUCAGUGGAUUUACAUAAGGCUCCCAUCAGCCGGCCCACUCAUUACCACGUUUUAUAUCCCCCUGCACUCAGAAAGCAUCAUGACAAAGUAGCUCCAUCCUGCUCUUCAACAGGGAAGUCAAGCAGGUGUCACUCCCCACAACACUGGAGCGGAGAGCAAGAGAGGAACUUUAUUUUGACUUUUUUAUUAUAUCCCUCUAUAUAUCCUUCCCUUUUCCCCUCUGCUGCAGCGCGCACACAGCAGGCCUAUGUUGUGUUUUUAAUGUUCUCUAAAAUGGUAUCCAAGCUGACAUCCCUGCAGCAGGAGCUCCUCAGCGCCCUGCUGGACUCAGGAGUUACCAAAGAUGUUCUGAUCCAGGCCCUGGAUGAUAUGGACCCCAGCCCGCCGGGCUUUGGAGUAAAACUGGAGAACCUAUCCAUGUCCCCCGCACGUCCUCACAGCGGCAAGAUGAACGGGGCGGACGCCGACUCCAAGCCCGUCUUCCACACGCUCACCAACGGCCACAGCAAGGGCAAGCUGUCCGGGGACGAGGGCUCUGAGGACGGGGACGACUACGACACCCCGCCGAUACUCAAGGAGCUCCAGUCGCUCAACACGGAAGAGGCCGCCGAGCAGAGGGCGGAGGUGGACCGCAUGUUAUCAGAGGAUCCAUGGCGUGCUGCCCGCAUGAUCAAAGGUUACAUGCAACAGCACAACAUCCCCCAACGGGAGGUGGUGGACGUUACAGGACUGAACCAAUCUCACCUCUCCCAGCAUCUCAACAAAGGCACGCCCAUGAAAACACAGAAGCGAGCGGCCCUCUACACCUGGUACGUCAGGAAACAGCGGGAAAUUCUCAGACAGUUCAACCAGGCGGUGCUAGGCUCUGGCAGCAACAUGACAGACAAAGGCAAUCAGGAUCCGGUGUUUUUUUUCCCAGAGUUCAACCCGUCCGGUCAGGGCAUGGGUCCGCCCGGUGAAGAGGUUGGCAGUGAACCCUCCUGCAAGAAAAUGAGACGUAACCGUUUCAAAUGGGGGCCUGCGUCACAGCAAAUCCUGUACCAGGCCUAUGAACGGCAGAAAAACCCCAGCAAGGAGGAGAGGGAAGCGUUGGUAGAAGAGUGCAACAGAGCCGAAUGUCUUCAGAGAGGCGUCUCCCCCUCCAAAGCUCAGGGCCUCGGCUCUAAUCUGGUCACUGAAGUGCGAGUCUACAACUGGUUUGCCAACCGGCGUAAAGAGGAAGCCUUCAGGCAAAAGCUGGCCAUGGACUCCGUCAGUCUACCGCCCCACAGUAUGAACCCUCUGCUGUCACACAGCUCGCCACAUCAUACCAGCAUUUCACCUCCCAUGCGUUACAGCCAAGGCCCCGGUGAGGUCACCUCCUCCACGGCCAUCAGUCACCACAGUAGCAACGGCAUGGCGACCAGCCAGUCGGUGCUUCAGCAGGUGUCUCCGGGAGGAUUGGACCACAGCCACAGUCUGCUGUCACCUGACGUCAAGAUGAUUUCAGGCUCAGGUGGAGGACUUCCUCCAGUCAGUACACUGACCAACAUCCACAGUUCCCAUCACAGCCAUCAGCAGACACAGAACCUCAUCAUGCCUCUAUCUGGAGUCAUGGCCAUAGCACAGAGUUUAAACACAUCGCAAUCUCAGUCGGUGCCAGUGAUCAACAGCGUGGCGGGCAGCCUUGCGGCGCUGCAGCCGGUGCAGUUUUCCCAGCAGCUCCACAGCCCCCACCAGCAGAGCCUGAUGCAGCAGUCCUCCAACCACAUGAGCCAGCAGCCGUUCAUGGCUACUGUCACACACUCCCACAUGUAUCCUCACAAACAAGAGCCCCCACAAUAUUCCCACCCGUCCCGUUUCCCCUCGGCCAUGGUGGUCACAGACGCCAACAGCAUCAGCACCCUCAGCUCCAUGUCCUCAAGCAAGACGGACGGUCCCGUAAACAAGAUGGUGCAACUUGGGGGUCUCUCCUGGUGUCCUCUUCAAGCUUGGUGAGAGCGUCCACCUGACUUCCUCAGUGCCCGGCAACGGGAGCACAUUUUUCCACCCUCUCCCCGCGGUAACCAUGACAACUCUUAAUAACCAGGAACGGCGGACUGGAUGAUGAGUCAGUCAACAAUACGAGAGGAGUGGCGACGGCUGUGGGUCAUGCGGUGAAAAUGGGAAAUGGGGACAGGGGGGGAGGGGGGGGAGGGACUCAUUGCACCUGAAAGUGAGGAGACUGGAUUCCCCUCCGCCGCACACAAAUGAUCAACAUGGAUGAUUUUAACACAAUCUUUGAAACCAGUAUUCAGUUUUAGGUAAGAGUCUUUAUGCCCCCUGUCAUCCUCUUUUCUGACAUUACAAAAGGAACAAAAACCAAGCAUACAAAAAGCGCUCAGAAACUGUUGUGGUAUGGACUUGAAUGAAGGCUCUGGGACAACUUAUAUUACACUCUGAUUUAAGGUGGAAAUAUGAAGACAACCUGAAACUAACAGAGACAAUGAUCGGCCUCUGUGAAGGCUGAAAGACUUAUAAGUUCCUGGACGCCUACACAAAUUGCUUUGCACGUGAGCAGAACUGUGUGACAAUCACAAUAACCGCGUAUUGAUCUUGUGCAUGCAUUUGAUAUUCUUACUGGGCUUUAAAGGAGUCUUCCAUGUUAUUUUUUCACACAAAAGUGCAGGCGGUGAAUGCGAGGGGUUCAUCAUUUCGAGUUGUUCAAUGUGUAUACUGUGAUUGAAAAGACUUUGACAAUCUUAAAAGGACUAUGCAAUGCGUCAAUACGCAACGCUUUGUAAAACUGGACUCGGCACAGAACUCCACACACUUGAGACUGGAAAUGAAUAUGCACUAUCAGUGAAGUCACCAACAAUUAUACUUAUAUUUACUGUACUGGAGUUGCUAUUGAUAAAGCUGCAUGUAAAAUACCACAAAAGCAGAUAGAUGUAUGUGUGACAAAAAUGCCAAAGAAUACGAGUCAGCCUGCACUGUCUAUGGAGGGAGACUGACUCACACACUUUAAUGCGGCCCUUCCCCUCCAUGUUGUUUGCACACAGGUUCAGGUGAAUUUCAGGAAUGGGUCUCACCCUCUUCCUCUUACUUCUCCCACUUCCUCCUGCCUCAAUGUGAAGAGAUACCAAAUAGGACAAAUAUUGUUAAUAACUCCUUAUCAUACAUCAUGGCGGCAGGACCCCCCAGGGUUAGAAUGAAAAUAUUGACAAGUAUUCAGAAACAAAACAGUCAUCUCAGUCUGGUAUUUUGUGAAGGAGAGAAACAUGAAAGAGGACAAUGUUGUGAUAGCAGUCUGCUCUAAUCAUACAGGAAUCCACAAAGACUGAGAAAUGUUGGGGAGAGGAGCAGCUGCUGUGGGUACAGACGCCCACGCUAACAGUAUCACACCUCUUCUUGACUAGCCAACGUCAGAUUGGUUCACCCUGCGGGCCCAGGCUCAGUGGCAUGUCGCCUGUUUGAAAACGCGCUCGCCCUGGCUCUUUUUUUGCAAAGUUCCAUGCUUCUGUUUUCCCUCCAGUCAACAUCGAUGAAGAGAGCCUCCUUUAAGAGGUUGAGAAGCGGCAUCUUAUUUAAUCCACAGCUAAAAUGGUGUUAGUUAAAUAAUAAACGACUUAAGACACUUAUUUGCAGAGGGAGAAAUCAAAAAGGCAACACAACCAAAUCCCAUGCCUCACCACUCUGUGACAUUGCUCAAAGUAUAUCUGGACAGUUCUUCCCAGUCCAUCUACCAGAGUGCGCUCGCUGGCUGCGUGUUAGGAAGAGGUGUAAAGGUUUGUUCGGACAGAAGCGAACUUCCUUCUGCGUAACUUGGACUGUUGGACCAUUUGUGUUUAGUCUAACUAAACUAACUAGUCUAACUAGUAACUAAGUAACUGUACAGACGUCAGCUGUAAGCUAGCUAGCAACAGGCGUGCAGGAGUGUGUCUGUGUGUUUGUGUCCACUUUAUCUCAUUUUCCCAUCGUCUGUGUACUUUGUAAGCAAAGUUCUGUCAGAACAAAGAUUCAGUUGCAGUUAAGCUAACCUUAACUUAGCUGGACAAUGAUGAGAAAGGUUGAGAUGGGGACCACAUUUGGCAUCAAGAAUCACUACAACCACCCAUGUUUUUAUGAGACAAAAAUGCCAUUUUGACUACUGAACCCUGCGUGCCAGAUCCAGUCUCCUGUUCAAUAUUAGGUCACAUUUGUUAUUAUUAUGUUGGUUGGCUUGUUAUUAUAGGCAUAUCUACUGCCAUCUGAUCAGAGGGCAUUCAUACUUGUGGGACAGGACAUGAUUUUAUUUCUCCUCCUAAUGUAUUAUUUUUGUAUAAAAAUUGAAAUCAAUCAUAAAUCACUAUUUAUACUUUUUGAGAAAAUGUUGAUAUUUCAAGUAAAUGUUUUUUUUUCAAAACGGA